AUGCUGCAUAUAUACUUUGGGAGACUAAGUUCUGUGCUAGGCUUGAUACUCUCCAUCUUGGUUCAUUCAAAUUUGGUUGAGAGCUUUCGCGACUUAAAUACCAGCUCAGGCGUCCACGAUGUGCUUCGAACCAGUGACGUGCCUGUUUUAGUGAUGCUAUACAUGCACGGCUGUCGAUUUUGCCAAGAACUAGACCCUACUUUCCAGUACCUAGAGCAGGUAUUUCCAGAUGAAUUGUCGCUAUUGAAGGUCGAUGGGAAACGGGCUACAUCCUUCGUUCGGGAGAUGGGCGUGCGAAGUUUUCCGGAUUUGGUCCUUUUCGAUAAAAGCCAGCACCGAGGCGAGAACAUAUCUUCAUACCAGCAGUAUUUGGGCCGAUUGCACGGUUCUCGGGAACUGGGAUCCCUGGCAUCAUUUGUGAGUAAAACUACUGGCCUCAUGGCUCAUUGGCCCAAAUCCUCUGUUCACGAUCUGAAUGAUUUUUCAAGCCAGAACCUGGAGCUAUUACGAGCUCACUCAAACGCCACUCAUCCUUCCCUUCUAGUCUUUGUGAGUCCAUGGAUGGACCCCGAAUCUUUGGAAUUGUUUAACGGCGAACAAGCCACAAGCAUCCUGGAUAAAAUUGCCACAUCAGCGAUUGCACAAUCUUUAAAAAUCCAAGUUUACAGAAUAGACGCAUCCAGCAGUGCGGCAGCAGCUUGGACAAACGAGUUCCGGAUUCGGGUCUCGCCCACGGUUGUUUUCCUUAUUCCUAACGAUUCUCAAAGCCUCACGGAAAUUCGUAUAGAAUGGCGACGGGACGAAUUGGAGUUGAGAGAGCGUGCGCAAGAAGUUAUAGAAUCAGUUCUUACCUUAUGCGCUGGUCAUGCUUCCUCCGAAAGCCAUAAAUGUCUCGAUUUUAUCCAAUCUCUUCCUGGUGCAACCAUCACUGAGGCGAAUACAGCGCUCACUUCGCAUAACCAAACUGAGCUUGGCCCAUAUUUGGCUCAAUUCACGUACGAUGAAGACGAUGAAGAGGAAGAGUGGUUAUUUGACUCUUUGCGAGAAGUUUGA